UAUGUUAUAAUCUCAUGAUAAUGGAACCACAAAUCAAGAGUAUAAAAGAGUAGUAGAGAAAUGCUCAAGAUAUUUGAAUGAAAGAUCUAAAUUAAAACAUCAAUCUAAUGAUAAGUUAUGUGCAGCAGUACGUAAGAUUUAUCUGAAUCCUCUUCUUCCUUUAUUAUAAUCUGAUCAUGAAUAAUCUACUUAUCGAAUGAGAAGACGUUAAUCUUCCUUAUUAAAAGAUCAAUAUUUGCAUUUUAAGUAAGAAUCUAUUGAAAAAAUAAAUGGUAACAUCUAAUAAUAAAUUGUGAAUCAAAAUUCAUACUCAGUACCAAAAAAACAAUAACAUUAAUCAUAAGCCAAUCUUGAAACAUCACAAUAAUAAAGAUUUUUUAUUGGUUUAUAUAAAAAUUAGAGGAUUGAAAAUUAGAGCUAAAAUAUCACUAUUAAAGAUUUAGUAUAAUUACACAAAUAUUCAUCAGGAUAAUAAUAAAAUAUAACUCAUUUGCCUUAAUUGUAAUAGCCAUCAAAUGAAAUUAAUUUAAGUAAAUAUUUUGUUAAAAAAGCAAAACCUAAAAAGAUUUCUUUUGAUGAUAUCUCUUUUACUAAAAAAUGUGAAAAAGAAAGAGGAAACAUUAUAGUGAGGAUUGAUAAAAUGUAAGUAGAUGAAUUUUCAGAAAAAGUAAUAGAAUAUCUCUUAAUGUAAGAUAUAAUGAGAUUAUUCUUUCAAAAUUCUAGUGUUAUAUAAUUGAAAGUAAUAAUGCUUGAACUUUUUAAAGGAGUUUAUUAUGAAUUUUCACUAAAUUUUGAACAAAUUAUAGCAUUUUUUACAACAUAACAAAUAACAUAUUUGGAAAUAUUUUAUAUUAAGUAUUCAAUCUCUUAAGUCUUGUUAAAUGCUAAUUACAAUUUUAAUUUUGUAGAAAGAGCUCUCAAUUAAUUUGAAGAAUAUCGUUAUCUAUUAUAAAAACCCAUUCCUUUUAUUACUAAAUUAUUUGAUAAUAUUUUUUAUUCCAAUGUUGUAAUAGGAGUUAUGAUGAAAUUAUUAAAAAGUCCAGCUUACAAAAAGUUUUUGACUAAUAAAAGUUUGAAAGUGAAUAAUUUAUAAAUUCAGUUAAGAAUGGAUUAUUUCCUUAUUUAGUUGGGGAAUUUGUGGGAUUGCCUCUGCAUGCUAGAAUUAAAGAUGUCAAAGCUGAAUUAUUCAAAUAAUCAAUCUUAUAGCCUUAUAUUAAUUAAGUUCUUGUAAUUAAAGUAAGGAAUCUAUUAAAUGAAUAUUAUCUUGAUGAAUUAUAUAUCAAAGAUGUGUAAAGGAGAUUACAAUUUCCAAAAGAAGGAUAAGUUCUUCCAGAAGAAACAAAUAUUCUUCUUUAUUAUAUUUAAUCCUAUAUACAAUAAACAGAUAAUUGAAAUAAUAAUUGAAUUAUUAUUAAAAAUUAUUAUUUGUACAAUGUAAGAACACUCUUAUACCAUCAAUUGA